AUGCUAUUCCUCACCUGCCUAAUAAUCCUAUCGCACCUGCAAAAUGCUCUAUCGCAGAUCAUUGCGCCAAAUGAACGCUGUGUGACCGCUGUAUACACAGCAUACGACUAUAUUUCUUUCUCGGGACACCCCGAUAAAGGCCUGUGGGCGCCACGAUGCCGAAAUCGGCUACGCAUGCUAUCAAUUUACGCCGCUUCUGCCGCGUAUUGCUCAGACGCGGAAAGAGAAACAGGUUUCGGACUGCUUGAGGCCCAAUGUCGAGAAUACGGCGGUGUAAACUUAAUUCCCCGAGAGGAGUUUGCCGCGAAUCUGUCGGAUGAAGCGAUUAGUCGGAUGCGGGUCGUUGAAUUUCGAGACUUGCCGAAGAAGGGACCUGUUGACACUCCUAUUUUGAUCUCCAAAGUGUACUACAGUCGAGUGUUCCGAACAAUUGAUGCCUGGCAAUUUGAGCUUUGGUCGCACUAUGCAUUUGGAUACCUGGGAUACGCGUAUUGGGCCGUUGUGAUCGCCGUCGGAACUCUACACAAACUGGCUCUCCAUGCGAUUUGUUCAAAGCGAGCGCGAUCGCUGCCUUUUCUUACUUCGGUAUUGUCGAUAUAUGACUGGAUACAAACCAAUUUGAUUAUUCCUGCCCCCCUCGCAUCGAGCAGACGUCGGCUGUUUUGGUGGACAUUCCCAGGACGCAUCCAUGCGAUCAUUGUCUUCCUUUUCUGGAUUCUGAGCAUCGUGCUCUGCCUCGUCGGUUAUCGAACCUUUUCGGACAAUAUCUACUGGCCCGAAAUAUCGGCACAGCUCCUGCGGACCUAUGAGACUUUCCUCGUCUUUCAUAUUCUCUUCUCUGUUGUCGCUCUUGUCGGUUGUUUCUAUCACGUCAUCAUAUUUGAAGAUCACGAAUAUUGGUUCUAUCUCUGGCCCGCCGUUGUGAUAUGGAUAUCUGAUCGGAUCUUGCGCUUGAUUCGCAUAGUCUACUGCAACUUGCAUGUCCGACUAGGUUCCCACAGCCGUUUCCAAUGUACAGAAUGCGUCGCGACAUACGACGGAGCUGCUGAUAUCAUUCGCCUGGAGUUGAUCCCUGGUUCAGGGCUGCAGCCAGCUCCAGGACAGUACUACUUUCUUUACCAACCCUUCCGACUCACAGGAUGGGAAAGUCAUCCAUUCACACUGGGGUCGUGGUCAUAUGAAGAUGGCGCACCUCCAGCUCCAUGCCCCCGUAGGAAAAGCGAUUGUGGCGACGUCUCGGAAAUUCCUCUUCUUCCCGGCACUCCCAGUUUCAACUCAGACUACGGCUCAAUCGACACCGCAGCCGACCUACUAGAGCGCAAACCGGCACUGCAUUUCUGGAUCCGACCCUAUGACGGAUGGACUCGCCAUCUGCGCGAUCAAUGCUUGCAAUCACCAACUCGGACAAUCCAGCCAAACAUCCUCCUUGAAGGACCAUACGGCGAGCAAUGUCCGCUCUGGAAGUACGAAUCCGUCCUAUUGAUCGCAGGCGGGACUGGGAUCGCCGCCGCGGUACCUUACAUCCAGGAUCACAUCAUCCGCUCUUCGACCGGCCAGACCUCGACGAAGGACAUUCAUCUAGUCUGGACCGCUCGGCAGUCAGCGCUCAUGCGCGAUAUUGCGGGAAGAGAGUUGAAGCAGGCUCUUCGCAGGAAGGACUUGCGUGUCUCGUUUUAUGUUACUCCUGAGACAAUGUCUCAGGCUGAGAUUAUGGGUGGUGUGGAAUUUAUGUGCGGCCGACCCGACUUACAGGGGAUAAUUACAACUCAUGCGGAAGAAGCGAGGCUUAGUAGUUCGUCUGUGGUGGUGUUGGUGUGCGGGCCUUCCGGGAUGGCUGACCAAACGCGCGUGGCUGUGUAUCAGGCUAUGAGGCGGGGAUGUCGAUCACUUCGAUAUCUGGAGGAGUCUUUUGAUUGGUGA